ACUCUCUGCCACACACAUACAUCAUCGGUUUUCCAUAGCCCAGUUGCUGCAGCGCUGCUCUUUUGCAGCUGCUGCUGCUGCCAUUUGCGGGCCCCACUCAUAUUUAUCUACUCAAAGAUCAAACCUUUUUUAUUAUCCAAUUAUUAUUAUCUCCUUUAAAAUAUUUCUAGUUUUGUAUUGAUACAACUUUAAACAGAGGUUAAUAAAGGCUGAUUUUGAUGCACAGUGAAGAAAGGCAGCCCCAUUUUGGUGAGAGAAAGCUAAUGCAGAGCUGCUAAAGUUAAAGGGCUUGAAUAUGGUGAUGUGCGGUAUGAUCGAUUUGAACACGGUGGACAAUGAGGAUGAAAUUGCGUCGGCCUGUGGCUCGCCUUCGUCGUCGGCGGCAUCGGGGAAUUUGGAAUCGGCUACGGCGCCGGCGCCGUCGGUGUCUAUGGAGCUGUGGCACGCGUGCGCGGGGCCGCUGAUUUCGCUGCCCAAGAGAGGGAGCGCCGUCGUGUAUUUCCCCCAGGGACAUGUGGAAUUCCUUGCCGAGCAUCCUGCUGUAGCUUAUGAUCUCCCUCCUCACGUCUUUUGCCGCGUUGUUGAUGUUAAACUCCAUGCGGAUGCAGCUAGUGAUGAGGUGUACUCACAGGUGUCACUGGUGCCGGAUCAGCAGAUUGAGCAAAAAUGGGGGGAAGGGAUAAUGGAAUCUGAGGUCGAAGACGAAGAUGUUGAAGGUGUGGGGAAGACCAUGACACCCCACAUGUUCUGUAAAACUCUUACCGCGUCGGAUACCAGCACACAUGGUGGAUUUUCUGUUCCUCGUCGUGCUGCUGAGGACUGCUUUCCUCCACUGGAUUACAAACAACAGAGGCCUUCACAGGAGCUUGUUGCUAAGGAUUUACAUGGAAUAGAGUGGAAGUUUCGUCAUAUAUACAGAGGUCAGCCUCGAAGGCAUUUACUGACUACUGGUUGGAGUGCAUUUGUCAAUAAGAAGAAGCUGGUGUCUGGAGAUGCUGUCCUUUUCCUAAGAGGUGGCGAUGGAGAACUCAGGCUUGGAAUUCGUAGAGCUGUGCAAAUCAAAAGUGGUGCUACCGUCCUCCCCGCCACUAGCCAACAGUUCAAUUCUAGCAGCAUUGCUGCAGUAGUGAAUGCUAUAUCCACUAGGAGUACGUUCGACAUUUGUUAUAAUCCAAGAGUGCGGUCAUCAGAUAUUAUUGUGCCUCAUCAUAAGUUUUGCAAGAGUCUCACACAAAGUUUUUCGUGUGGAAUGCGGUUCAAAAUUCGAUUUGAAACAGAAGAUUCUUCUGAUAGAAGGUGCAGUGGCCUCAUUGUUGGCGUCAGCGAUGUAGAUCCUGCAAGAUGGCCGGGUUCAAAGUGGAAGUGUUUACUGGUUAGAUGGGAUGAUAUGGAAGUCAAUCGUCUUAAUCGGGUUUCUCCUUGGGAGAUCGACGUAGCUGGUCCUAUGUCUGGACCCAACAGCUUUGCGUUGUCGGGCACCAAAAGAAAUAGGAUUGGCUUCCCACCAGCAAAACCCGAUGCUCCCAUUCACAGAGAUGGAAGCGAUGUUUCGGACUUUGGUGAGCCUCUACGGUUCCAAAAGGUCUUGCAAGGUCAAGAAGUAUUUCCUUUCGGCUCUCCAUACGCCGGAGCUGAAGCUUCUAGGAAUCACCUAUCAGACAUUAGGGGAUAUCCUAGCCUCAGCACCUUUAACGCUGGAGGAAACAGCAUCAGGCAACAUCACGCAGAUGCUCGGAAUUCGUCCAAUGUAGGCGAAUCCUUUCAAUUCCGUAAGGUCUUGCAAGGUCAAGAAACCAUGCCAAUCCUGUCAUAUGGGAGAGGUCCACAGGAAAAGAAUGCAAGCAAUGUUUAUAAUGGGAUUCAGGUGCCCAGGAAUGGUAAUUGCUGGUCCACCGCACCCCAGUACAAUGCUAGCCCCCGGCUUUCGCCAUCAAUGGUUCGAGGGCUAUCACCUUCUUCUGUACUACUGUUGCAGCAGUCGAAUCCUCAAAGCUCUCAAAUCACUUCACUGCUUCAUGGCUAUCAGAAUAAGCAUGAGACCAGCUAUCAGGAUUCGUUCCGUGUUCCUCAGAGAAUUACGAAUAAGUUUGCACCAUACGAUAUUGGCCCAAAAGACAGUCUGCAGCAUGGAUACAGAUCCCAUGGAGCCCCAGAAGCGCAUAAUAGCCCAACGGUGUCAACUCAUCGCCCUCUCCUUACUCAACCCCUGUUUAGGGACAACCAGAACUUUGUGUCGAUGUGUAAAGACAGCUGCAGGCUCUUCGGGUUCUCCCUGACCGAGGGGGUAAACGCAGAUAAUCAGGCAGCUGCAUCUGCUUCAGCUUAUGAAGAACAACUGCAUCAACCUCCUUUAGUGGCAAAGGUUAUGGCUAGCAGUUGUACUAAACCAAGAGACUUGCACGCAGUGAGAGACCGGCUUCUGGAUAUCGCGCUGUAAACACAAGAGUCAUGAAAGGCUUCUUAAAGCAGCAGCUCCUCAGGUACCCAUGUUAUUGCUGCUUUCACUUUGUAGUUGAAGAUUCAUGAAAGGGUAAGAAGAAGUUUUCUUGAUGACAAUACUAUUUAUUGUGUGUAUUAUUACUCUGACAGGUUACUCUUAUGUAUUUCUAGGUCCUAAUCAUGUCACUGACUGUUGUAUUCUUCUUUUAAGUGUAAAUCAUCACUAAAUGAUUUAAAGAGAUAAUAAUUGUGUUCUAGCUA